AUGAACGGCGCGGCGACAGCGGCGGCGGCGGCGGCGGCGGUGGCGCAGCACCGCCUGCAUCUGGCGACGAGUAGCGACGAAUUCCUCGCCACGCCGAAUCCUACAGCCUCGUCAGCGGCCUCCGCGGCGCCGGUGUGGCGGAAGGUGUUGUAUGAGCGGCAGCCCUUUGAGGACAACUACGUGGACCCCGAGAAGUUUAUGCUGGGGCUGCGUGAGAAUGUCAACCUGAAAACGUACGAGUACGGCAAGGUUGUCUUGGACACUUUUGUUGUUGUGCAACAGUUGACGUUUGUCGUGUUUUUCUUUUUGCAUUCACGGUGA